AUGUAGAAAACUUAAAUACCAGAUGAUAUGAAAGAAGCUUCUAUUUCUUGUUUUUUUCCUUAAAAUAUGAUUUUUACUUAAAAUACAAAUCUAUAUUUAGUGGAUAGUCUAUUUAUUGAAAACGAAACUUAUCAAUCACUAUUAUAUAUUUUUGAGUCAUAAUUUAAAUUAGAGAAGUCAAAAUUCCUAUCCAAUAUUAAUUAUAGAGAUAGUGGUGGAGCUAUUACUUUGUAGUACUGCUUAAGUUCAGAAAAAAUAGUUCAAGGGUUAAAUUUAACAAACAACAAUAAUGAAAAUAUCUUUUUUUCUAAUUAACUUAUUUUUAAUUUCGAUGAUAUUAAAGGUAUUUAAUAAAAUUAGUAGGAAAUUUAAAACACUAUAAUUGAAUGCUUGAUAUAAAAUAACACUGCCCCAUUUUAUGGAGGAGCUAUUAAUUCGCUAUACAGUGAUUUUUAAAUUACUUCAACAAAUAUAACAAAAAAUAAGGCUGCAGUAGGAGGUGCUAUAUUUUAUAACUUUUACUUACCACUAGCAGUGGUUGAAUUUCAUCAAAGAAGAUUAAGUUUACUAAAUAUUAAAAAUUCAUAAUCAUUAUCAUAAAAUAUUAGUCUAGAAACUAACAUAAUAAAGGAUAACAAAGGUCUAUUUUAUGGUAAAAAUGUAGGAUCCUAUCCAAUAGGUUUAAAGAUAAAAUAUCAAGAAAAAGAAUUAAAUGAUUAUGCAAGCGGUUAGCCAUUAAAAAAUUAUUUAUAAAUUUCUUUUAUUGAUGAAGAGGAUAAUAUUUUAAAUGCCUUAGAUCAAAGCAUUUUACCAUUGGGAAUUAAUUAAAUAUAACUUAUGAAGCAGUUGUUCAAAAUUGAAAUAGGAACUAUUGCAAACUCUAAUUUAUUGAUAGAUGGAAAUUUAAUAUAAGAGUUUGAUUUAUAUAGCCCAGUAACUUCUUCAUUUUUAUUUAAUUUAAGUUUUAUAGGUAUACCUAAUAAUUAAACAUAAUUCUACAUAAGAAGUCUAAUAAUACCUCAGUCGAAUUACAUAAUCAAUAACUUUUAAUUAUCAGAAAAUUAUCAGUAGUUUACUAGUCAAAUGAUCAUUAAGUAUGUAAGUAUAAAGUUCAGAAAAUGCAGAAGAGGUGAGGUUUAUGCAAUAAGGGGAGAUUAAAUUGAAUGUUUACCAUGUCCUUAAGGAAAAUACUCUCUAAAAGUAUUAGAUUCUUUAAAUGAGACUGCGUCUUGCUAAAAUUGCCCAAUUGGAGCUCGAUAUUGUGUAGAAGAUACCAUAGUCCUCAAAGACGGGUAUUGGAGAGAAAACUUUUUUACUGAUUAAAUCUUAUAUUGUGAAAAUUCGCCUUAAAACUGUCUUUAAGAAACACAUAAUAAUAAUAGAAUCGACCCAUAUUGCUCUCCCGGAUAUAGAGGGCCUCUUUGUGAAAGUUGUGAUUAUUUUAAUUUGUAAGGACAUGGCUAUUUUACUAGAUCUACGAAAUAUGAGUGUUAAAAAUGUUUAUCUUUGCCUUUGUAAAUUCUACUUUAUUGUUUGAAGACUUUUUGCAUGAUGGCUUAUAUAGGAUUUACACUUCACAAAUUAUUAUAUUAAUAAUAUCAAGCAAAAAUAUAUUACAUUUUGAAAAAAAUGAGAAUUAUAUUUUUGAAUAAGUCAAUUAAGAGAGAUUAAACAUCUUUUUACUCAAAAGUAUUGAUUGAUUUCUUUUAAGUCUUAAGUUUUUUGAAUACUUUUAAGCUCCAUCAAUUUUUGGUUUAAAACAUUUAAGAAGGAUUAGGGAAUCCUGUUCAAUCUUUAUACUAUCCUUACAAUUGUAUUCACAAUACAACUAAUUAAAAUUUUAUGCUAGAAAUUAAGCUUAUUUAGAGCAUAGUUAUGCCGUUAUUCUUCAUCGUUUUCAUAAUGCUAAUUUCUGCAAUACUCAAAAUUUUUUUGAUAAGAUCAAUAUCUCUUUAGCACCACUGCAUUAAUUUAAUAUUGUUAAUCUAUUUCUUUAUGUUUCCUAGCACAUUAUAAACUAUGCUCAGUAUACUAAGCUGUAGGUAAAUUGGAUAAAAAUUGUAUAUAUUAAAUGAUGUUUAAUAUUAAUGCUUAACUGUUUCUCAUAAAGCUUUGAUAUAUAAAUAUAUCAUUCCAUCUUUGAUAACUUGGGUGUUAGUUGCACCUAUAGUAAUAAUUUUAAAGAUAAGAAGCCACAUCAAAAAUAUUAACUAAGGUAAAAAUAUAAGGACUAGGAAUAUAUAUGAUUUUAUAUAUUCAGAAUAUAGAUAGCAUAAGUAUUAUUGGGAAUUCGUAAAACUGUUUAAAAAGGCAUUGAUUAUAGUUAUUUUAAAUUAUUUUGAUUAGUAUGCAGUUAUUUAAGGAGUUUUAAUGAGUAUUAUAGUUUUUUCUUACAUAAUAAUGGUUUAGAAUAUGAAACCUCAUUCAAACUAAAAUCUAAAUAAUCUUGACUUGGAAAAUAAUAUAAUCAUAUUAAUUUGCCUACAAAUCUGUAUAUUCUACAAUCAAAUCAACUACCCAAAAGUUAACUUUAUUUUAGCACUAAUUAUUUACUCUUUAAUAAUAAUAUUUGUUUUGAAGUUAUGUUUCCUCAUUAUAUGGACUAUGAUUGUUUCUAAUUCAAAAGUGCUUACUUUUUAUCUUUUUUUUGUCAAGCAGUGGAAUAGGAAAGUACCAAAGUAAUUACAAAUAGCUAAUUAAAUUACCAAUGUCUAAAGGGUUUAAUAAAACUGGAAGAAAAUUUACAAACUUUUCAGCUAGUCUAUAGAUGAAAAGAAAAAAGGAGAGCUAACUACUUUCUAAGUUAUAAGAAUGAUUUUGUACAAGAAAAUAGAUUUGCUAAGUGAAAAAAGCAACGAAGAAGAGUCAAUAAAUAAUUUCUAAAAUUAUUAGCAGCAAUUUUUUAAUCUGAAAAAUAUUAGAAUGAGAUCGAUUAAAAGACUUUCUUAAAAGGAAGAUUUAUCAUUACUCUCACCAUCUAAAUUAUAAAGUUAUUGCAUUAGAAGCAUAGAUGAUUCACCUAAUAUGAAUUAUAACUAUGGGGAUUCGACUGUAAAUCUAUAAGGAUAAACUUAGAAAGUGAAAAAAAGUCAGAAAUUCAACAAUAUAUUCAAUUAAUCAAAUAGCUUAAAUGGGAGUCCGAAAUCAAUUUUUAAUAUGAAUCAUGAAGUUUAAGAAAAAUCUAGUUCUUAAAAUAAUUUAAAAAAUGUAUUACAUUCAAACAAUUUGAUGUAACAUUCAAGUACUUUUAAUUCCACAGUAGAUUUGAAUUUAAAAUAUCGAAAAGAUUCAACCAAAAUAACUAAAAUAUAAACAACAGAUUCUAAAUUAGAAAUGUAAAAUUUAUCUUAAUUCUCUAUACAGUUGGUUGAAGACAGCACUAUUGUACCUAAUUAUCAAGAAGAUAUAAGAAAUAACUCCAUAAAUUAUGAUAUUCUUGCUAAAUAAUCUUUUUCGAAAGUUAGUAGUAAAAAGCCUACAAGCUUUUCAAUAAGCGAUUCUUUUUCACCAAAAAAGUGGAAAAAAUGACAAA